UGUCAUCCCACCUUUUGGACAAUACUAUGGGCCCACAAUCAUUAGAGAAUCCAUCUACUCAGGCCCAUGAUUUGCGUCAGACCCCUUCCCCUUCCAACUAGUACUGCUAUCCCUUCCCCCUCCUCCUCACGUCGUUUGCCCCGAAGUAAGCCCCAUCGCACCGUUUUCCCCCCUCGCACCGUUUCCCCGGAAGCAAGCCCCAGCGAUGGUUGGUGGCCGCCGCAACAGGCCGAGGGUUGGUGUUCAAAGCGGUGGCAUCCGUGGCCGCGGCUGCGAUCGACGUUGUCAAGGUAUUUGGUGGGAUCGGGUCUACAAGCGCAUCGUAGUUCAGGGUGUGGAUUUCAUCGAAGAUACGCAAGAUGGAGUCGGCGAUGAGUUCGAAUUGAUCCCUGGAUGAAGAAGAUGGCGAUCACAUGUCCUAUGUGCACGACAGCGACGACGAGAUUGUUCCGGAGACAGAGGUGCAAGAAAUUGCUGACGAGGAACAGAUUGAACAACGUCAGGUUGAUGUCGACCAAAGUUCUUUGGGUAGCCUGCUCCAAGAUUGCAGGCAGGUUGUGAUGGGGGAAGACAGUGAAGCAUCAGCCCCAAUUGUGGUCGAGAAGAAGAAGAAUCAGCAGUCUACGACAAACAAAAAUAGGAGUACUAAGUCAAUAACUGAGGUGUCGAUUGCCGAUGCUGAGACAGACGAUGAGGGAGUUAAUCCUUAUAAAGAUGAAGAUGGCAUGGAUGUUCGGGGUCAAUCCCAGGCUGAGGAUGAUCACGACCUCGAAGUCUUGGUAACUGACAUGCUCUGCAACUUGAUCCCUGUUUAUGGCAAGGUUGUAAAGAGGUCAGAUCAUUAGUUUUAGUUUUUUCAUAAAGUGAAAUGAUAGUGUGCAACACGAAUUGGUCAUUGUGUGCUGUAAUCAGCAGGGCUAUUUGUUUAAGAACUGGAGUAGUAGCAAUUACAAUAUGGUCUUAAUA